UCUCGGAGCGUAACUGCGCCAUCAUUGCGGGCCUCUGAACCAGCGAGGGACGGCGGAACAAGUUGUUCUCUGGCUCUCCUUGCGGGCCAACUUCCUCCAUUCGGCUGAGAAAGGCCGCGUUAAACGACAGCAGCGGCGGCUUAGAUGUCUCUGUGAGGUCUCUGUCUCUCACCGUCUCCGAGGGACCAGCGGCGAAGUUUGUUGUCAUGGCGUCUCCAGGGGGACAAGGAGGAGGAGGAGCGCUGUCCACAAGAGGAGGCGGCGGGGCCCGGAGGAUGAAGUGGUCCCUGGAGCUCAGUGCGGGAAACACCAGGAGUCGCGGCGACCGGCAAGGCGGCCAGGGGGAUGUCGUCUACCCCAUCGGCUACUCAGAGAAACCCGUCCCCGACACCAGCAUCCAGGAGACGGACAGGAACCUGGUGGAGAAGCGCUGCUGGGACGUGGCCCUCGGGCCCCUGAAGCAGAUCCCCAUGAACCUCUUCAUCAUGUACAUGUCGGGCAACACCAUCUCCAUCUUCCCCAUCAUGAUGGUCUGCAUGAUGGCCUGGAGGCCCAUUCAGGCUCUGAUGUCAAUGUCUGCCACCUUCAAGCUGUUGGAGAGCUCCAGCCAGCAGUGGCUACAAGGGCUCGUCUACCUGAUCGGGAACCUUCUGGGAGCAGCGUUGGCCAUCUAUAAGUGUCAGUCCAUGGGGCUGCUUCCCACGCACUCGUCCGAUUGGCUGGCUUUCAUCGAGCCCCCACAGAGGAUGGAGAUCCUGGGCGGUGGGAUGGUGCUGUGAAGCUGACCUCUGCAAAGCUCACAUGGCGUACGGACUCCGCUCUCCUUGUGGCCACACCAACAGGCCGCCGCAGCUGAAACAAAAGCCUGACUUUUUUUAGCCAUUUCCAGAUGCCACCAGAUCCAGACUCGACCAUCACAUCCAACGGACGCGUUUUGCUGAAGCCGCAGCGAGACGUGCAGCACAGUUUAACAUCAGGGAUUUAUCCACCGUAUGCGGCCCCCUCUUUUGGCUUUGUUGCUCAAACAUUACUUUAGUCUUCCUCUCUGGCGACAAGCAUCUGUUUUGUUUUUUUAAUACUCUCCUAAAGAUAAGAAAGCCAGCAGAUAAUCUUGUUGACUUCUGUUCAGCUACUGUAAUUUUCUGUCCAGAUAAAAUUGACUUCACGGUAGAUUAUUAAUGGGAGUGUUUUAUAGCUCACUGUUCACAGAGCAUAACGUCACUAAUAACAGGAUUUUGUUCGCAGGAUUCCUGAAACUGCUAAAUGUUUAGCUUUCAUCUGAAGUUUAGUUCAACUUUUUUUUUUUUUUUCUGCAGCUUCAGUUUGUAGUGAAAGGUUUGUGUCAUCUCGGCUUCAACUUGCUGUCCAACAACAUUAACUCAGUUUUAAUUUAUAGGUCUGUUUAAUUUAUGCUGAUUUGCCUUUGAAAAUGUUCUAUAAAUAAAUCCUUAUUGCUUGAAUUAAAAUGUUUUCAAAUCUGUCAAUAAAUAUAAUGGA